AUGCCGGGGCCCAACGGAGUGGCGUCAGCUUCGAGCCUACAACCAAUAUCAAACUACCCGAGCUACGAUCCUGAUGCGAUCCAACUGCCACCGCACCUCCUCCUCGAUGCGUUCCACGGCCUCAACGUCUGUGCGCCGAUGGUGCGAUACUCAAAGUUGGCCUUCCGCACGCUCGUAUCACGAUAUGAGACGCAUAUCACAACAACGCCAAUGAUCUUGGCGAAAGAAUUCAGCAGGACCGAGGCAGCACGCAAUUCGGAGUUUUCGACGAAUCAAUAUGAGCGUGGGACGUACGAGCUGCUGCCUGGGAUUGCCGAAGGAUGCGAGAGUGCACAGCGACGGCUAUCGGAUCGGCACGAUUCCGACUGGAAAAGUGAUAAAAUGCCAUCGGCGGCGCCGUCAGCACCGGACGGCGGACAAGGUUGUACCAACGGCGAAGCAGAACGAGAGGCGCAAGCACAGCAUCUCAAGCUUGCCAAACAAAAGGUGCGCGUUCGUGGAGCGCUAGUGGCUCAGUUUGCCUCAAGCAAACCCGAGCCGUUUGCGGAUGCAUCCGAGUUGAUCGGACGGUUUGUCGACGGUGUCGAUCUCAACUGUGGCUGCCCGCAACCCUGGGCGUACGAGGAACUGCUUGGCUCGUAUCUCCUCCGACAGCCCGAGACGGUGCGUGAUAUGGUUCGCGCUGUCAAAGCACGGAUGGGAUCCGACUUCUGCGUUAGCGUCAAGAUACGUAUCGAUCCAGAUCUGCGUCUUACCGAUGCGCUGGUGCGCAACGCGCUACACGCCGGCGCAUCGAUUCUUCAGAUUCACGGUCGCACACGCUGGCAGUCAUCGUCGGAACCGGUGAAUCUGGAUGGCAUCAAGUUCGCCGUCGAUGCAGCCAACGCUUGCGGAUUCAGGACAAGUUGGGGCUCAAAGGGUGGCGCAGCUGCGAGAUUUGCUGAUGGCGGAAGUGGCGGCUUGGUGCCUUGUGUUGCAAAUGGCGAUGUGUGGACGCUAGACGAUGCAAUCCACUAUCGUCAGACGACUGGGUGUAGGGGUGCAAUGAGCGCUCGGGGUCUGCUCGCCAACCCGGCGCUUUUCUCAGGUUACAACCAAACUCCACCUGAGGCAGUAGGCUUGUUCCAUAAGAUUGCCACCAGUUGGGGACUCCACACAGGGCUCAUCCAGCGUCAUUUGGCCUACAUGUUGGAGGGCAGUUUUCAGAGUAGAGCCGAAGCGAUCCACUUUAACUCGCUGAGUGGCGGAGCUUCCAUGAUGGAUUACUUGGCAGAGCAGGGCUUGUUGUGGAGUGAGGCGAAGCAUGCUGAUCCGCUCGCGGAUAGACUUGGGUUCGGUGGGGCGACUAGAGGAAUCAUCGGGAAAGCAGAACGGGGUGUCGGGCCGUUGAGGUGCUGGUCGCCGAGCGAAACGCUUGCUGGCAUCGGAUUGUAG